AUGCACGCGACCAGUCGCUCCCCUCCAGGGGGUGAAGCACGCGGAGCGUCUUCGUCGGAAGGUGGAGUUUCGCUUCAGGGAUCGUCUUCCAACCUGUCUCCUCUGGCCGAGCCCAGUCAGGAUGCUGUCACCUCGUCGUUUGCUUCUUCCUUCUCCACGGCCGCUCGACGUCCUGCGUCUUCUGCCGCGCCUCUCUCGUCUUCUGCCUCCCUAAGCUUUCCAAACGGAUCGGCCCAUUCUUCUCGCUCGUUCCUCGAUGACUCCCGACCUCGCAGCUCUGUCUUCAGCCUGCUGCCGCCUUCCGCGUGCCGCGCGAUUUCCUAUCUCCUCGUCGCGGGUCUCUCGCUCUCGGCUCUCACUUCCCUCGCUCUACACUCGCAUGUCGCCGUGCUCCAAAUCCUUCUCUUCGGCAUCUCCGUCUCGUACUGCAUCGCCUUUCUCUCCCUCGCUCGACAGGCUGACGGCCUCAUCGGCCCGCAAGUCGGGGUCUUGCCUCUCGACGAGCACCUGCCUGUUCUCCAGCAACGCGCGCGCGUGCCGGCGUCUCCUCACAUCAAGUUUCUCAUGAAAGCUGUCCACCAAGUCGCCACUCUCGUCUGUCGAAACAAACACAAUGUGCUUCCGAGUCACCUCGCGUACGGGGGCGUGGCGGUUGCCAUUUUCUGCGCGGGGCUUUCGCUCACUUCCACGGGCUGGCCUCGAGCGCUGUGGCAAACUGCAUGCUUCGCAGCGCUCUACGUCGAGUAUCUCGCCUUCCGCUACAUGGCCCGCGAUUUCCUGUCUUUCCAAUGGGACGUCCUUUUGCUGGAGAGUGGCUUCAUCGCGGUUUGUGCGGCGCCGUGCUCGACGGAGGCGACGCCUUUUGCCGCCGGCGUGUCAGUGAUGUGCUUGCGUCUUCUUGCCUUCAAGCUCCUCUUUUGUUCAGGGGUUUGCAAAUUUGCCUCGGGUGACCAGAAGUGGAGCACAUUCACGGCGAUGCACUACCACUACUGGACGCAACCCCUUCCGAAUUUCAUCUCCUGGCAUGCCUAUUGGUCAGGCAACAAACGCGUGCAGGCGAUCGCCGCUGUCACCCUCGAGAUUCUUGGACCUCUCCUUAUUCUCUUUGGGCGCGGAGGCCGGAUCGUUGCUCUCGUCUGCUUUGUCGUGAUGAUGACCGCGAUUUACGUGACGGGGAAUUACGGCUUCUUCAACUUUCUGUCGAGCGUCAUCUGCGUCGCACUCUUGGACGACUCGCUCCUGCUGUUCAAGUUCGCGGCUCCCCUCUCGAACGCGUCCGUUCUUCAGCGAGCGACCGAGUCACUCUCUGCUGUUCUCCUCGGCUGUGUCGCCGUCAGCUUCUACAUUCUUUUCAGCCUCACCAGCGUGGCGCUCUUCCUCAAGCUCUGGCAGAAACCGCUCCUGGAGCCGCCAGCGCUCUGCACGAGGAUUUACGGCGAGCUGGCCCCGCUGCAUGCAUGCAACGUCUACGGCUUGUUUGCUUCCGUUACCACUUCGCGCUACGAGGUGGUCAUCGAAGAGAUGCACUUGGUGGAGGAUACUUCCACAAAUCCUCCCAGGACUCGUGAAACUUGGGUAGAGCUCGAUUUCCACUACAAACCUGGCGAUGUCGACAGGCGCCCGCCGUGGCUAUGGUUCGGCCACAUGCCCCGUCUCGACUGGAGACUGUGGUUUCUUCCCUUGCGCCUCUCUCGCGUGAUCAACAUGGCUAUUCGCGAUGGCGCGUCGCCGUCGGCGGUCUCUGCCGCGCUGCAACAAGGAGCGCCGGGGCUCUACCCUGCCUGGUGGUCCGUGCUUCUCGCGAGAAUUUGCCGCCGGCAACCGGAAGUCCUCGCCUUGCUCGGGCCCCAGCGAAACAUUGAUUUGACUCGGGCGCCGUGCCCCCGUGGGCUGCGCGUCAGCUUGUUCGACUUUCGGUUUCGACCGCCGCCCAAUCGGCCACUUUACGCGGCGUUCUUCCCAGAAGGCACGCCUGCUCUGAGCCCGCAGGAGAUCCAGGAAAUCGAACUUCUUUCUGCAUCUUUCAUUUUAGAAAUUGGUGGGCGUUGGGCGAAAAGGAAACCGGAAUUGGCAGGAACGUUUCGCGCGUCGCCUCCUUCUCAGGGCGCGGUGACGUGGGGCUCGAGCUGCUGA